AUGAUGGAGAGAGGUGGAGGAGGGUGGCUGCCAACUUUGGAGAUGGGAGGCAAGGGGUUUGUGGAUCUUUCUCACUCGCUGCUCCGGCGAUCCUUCUUCACCAUCUACGAAUCAAGAUCGGAGUUAUUUGGUGGUUUAGUGAGAAUUGAGAUGGCGGAUAACAAUGGGAAUUCCAAUUCACCUGCUGAAAACCAAAACCACAACUCUAAUGAAUCUAUAAACCCUACAACCAACCAGAACGAUGCAUCCAUUGAUGCAAUAGCACAAAAGGUUCAGGAGUCUCUAACUCUUUCCAAGAGGCAUAAGUUUUGGGAAACUCAACCAGUCGGACAGUUCAAAGACGUUGGAAACUCAACCCUACCAGAAGGCGCAAUUGAGCCUCCAACACCAUUAUCAGAAGUUAAACAAGAACCCUAUAAUCUCCCAGGUCCAUACGAAUGGAUCACAUGUGACAUGGAUACAAAAGAGAUGUGUGCAGAAGUUUACAAUCUCCUUGCUAACAACUACGUUGAAGAUGAUGAAAACAUGUUCAGGUUUAACUACUCAAAAGAUUUCCUUCAAUGGGCACUUCGUCCUCCAGGGUAUUACAGAAGUUGGCAUAUAGGGGUUCGAGUCAAGUCAUCAAAAAAGUUAGUAGCUUUCAUAACUGGAGUUCCUGCUAAAAUCAGAGCUAAAGACAGUGUUGUUAACAUGGCAGAAAUCAAUUUCCUCUGUGUUCAUAAGAAACUUAGAUCAAAAAGACUCGCCCCAGUGAUGAUUAAAGAAGUCACAAGAAGAGUUCACAUGGAAAACAUAUGGCAAGCUGCUUAUACUGCUGGUGUGAUUUUACCUACACCUAUUUCCACUUGUCAAUACUGGCACAGAUCUUUGAACCCUAAAAAGCUAAUUGAUGUUGGGUUUUCAAGACUUGGUGCUAGAAUGACCAUGAGUAGAACCAUUAAGCUUUACAAGUUACCAGAUUCACCAAUCACACCCGGGUUUAGAAAAAUGGAGCUCCAUGAUGUUCCUGCAGUUACCCGUUUGCUUAGGGAAUAUUUGAAGCAAUUCAUAGUUGCUCCUGACUUUGAUGAAAAUGAUGUGGAACAUUGGUUGCUUCCUAAAGAGGAUGUAGUGGAUAGUUUUUUGGUGGAAAGUAGUGAAACACGUGAUGUGACUGAUUUCUGUAGUUUUUAUACACUUCCUUCAACGAUUCUUGGAAACCAGAAUUACUCAACUUUGAAAGCUGCGUAUUCGUACUACAAUGUGUCUACUAAAACUCCAAUGCUUCAGUUGAUGAAUGAUGCUCUUAUUGUGGCUAAGAAGAAGGGUUAUGAUGUUUUUAAUGCUUUAGAUGUUAUGGAAAAUGAAAGUAUUUUGAAGGAGCUGAAGUUUGGACCUGGUGAUGGGCAAUUGCACUAUUAUCUGUACAAUUAUCGGUUAAAUCAACCACUGAGACCUUCAGAACUUGGGCUUGUUCUCUUGUAGUGUUGUGGGAUCUCUGGAAUGGAAUCAUCAAUUCCUGUUUUGCCUGGUUUAUAAGUUGUGAUUGAGAUAAUGGGACUUGAGAUGGUUGUGAAGGCUGUGCCUGAAGUUGUUGAGGUCGAGAAGAUUGGGG